CAGAGCGGUGUUGGGCGCGGGAAGAGAAGGUUGGAGUGGCGCUGUUCUGUUUCUGUCUUAUUUUUAGGCGUGCUUGCUACACUGCAUAUGAAAGGGGCGGUGGAUGCCUUCUGGUGUAAAAGUAAUUGCACGGACUAUCCCUGCAAUUAACCCAAUUAAUUGGCAAGAUAGAAAAAUAUCUCUUUGGCACAGCUGCACUAUUACAAUUGUUCAGCUUUAUUAACAACGGCCUUUGAGCAGAUUAAGCUUGCGUUUAAACAAGAGGUUAUGAACAUGGAAGAUGUAUUUUGCAGGAGUCAGUCUUAAAUCAACUCAGAGAUUGAAAAAAUACUCUUUGGAUCAAAUAUUACAGAAGAAUCCUUGUAGUGGAAUUCAGGGAAACCCCAAUCUUUAUGCUAUGGAAUUUAUUUAAGGAAAAAAAUAUGUCAGUGGAUCACCGAGAAAAACUGUUGUCUUAUAAUGGGGAACUCCUUCUUUUCCAACUAUCAAAAGGGAAGAACUCACAGAGUGAUGAUACCAUAAUUACUACAUUGCAUGUUAAAAGAAUGUCAUUUGACAAUGGCACUAAAUUGUUUAAUGAGAUGUCUACCGGAUCAUUUUGCAUAUAUGGGGAAGGUAUUGAAAUUAUUCACUGCAGUAAUGCAUCUGACUUCAGAACUGGAAUUCUUCAUCCUUGCAUUCUCUUGAAAAAGAAGGAAAAGAAAAAAAUUAAAUAUAUGUUAUUGUUGCUUCAUACCUUUAGCAAAUUUGAACUGGUGCUGCACUUUAAACUAGACUAUGCAAUCAAAGAACCUGUAAAAUUAUUGGCUGGUCCAACCAUAAUAUGGUAUAAUGAAAGACACCUGUUACAUAUUUCUCCCCAAACUGGCACUGUUUUAUGUGCCCCAAUUCAGUUUUCUUCUGUCCAGUGGGCUGGUCAGGUUGAGGGUCAGGGUGCUGUUGUUUUGGGAACUAGAGCUACUUGUUUUCCAGAAGGAGGCAAUAAGCAGAGUAAUGCAACGUCAGACUUGACCAUCUGGGGAUGUGAGUGUUUUGCAUAUGGGGUAGACAAACAAAAAGUGCUACUGAAUGCUAAUUUUUUGCCUCACGCUUAUGGCAGUGUAGUGCAUUGUAUGUAUGUUUGCAAAGCUGAGGUAAGAAGAAGCAAGUUUAAGACGUCACUCAUUGCAGUUACCUGCAAAGGCCAGUUGAUUUUCUUUCAAGAUGGUUGGCCUAAAGAAGUUCUGCAGCUUCCAUACGAAAAUCCUUUGUCAGUCCAAAUAGCUGCAGUGGAUGGAGAUCGCCAGUUGGUGAUUGUGCCAUUUGCUUCCGGAGACGUAUGUGCUAUAUGGAAACAUAACUUACAGGUAGCUUCUUGCUGGAAAAAUGUGAAAUCUGUUCUGGUAGAUGAUUUUGCUGGUAUUGGAACUGAACAAAUCUUAAUUUUUCUAAAGAGUGACUCUAUUUCAGAAACACUGAAGGCAUUUCAAAUAACAGAUUUUGGAAAGAUUAAUUAUGAGAGUAACAUAAACUAUGAAAAUGAAUUGUCCUCUGCUGAAGAGGUACAAGAGAAUCGCCUUCUUACUAUCAAAGCACUUGAAGCCCGAUUACAGGCUGGUUUUGCAUCUGUUCGAGCACUUCAACAACAUUUACAACUCAAAGAAAGAGUUCUGAUGGAAAGCUGUCAUGCAUUAUUAGAUCUUGUUCAAGAUCGAAAACAAAGAUUUCCCAGGGUCAAAAAGGAAAAUCUGGUUUCUCUUUGGGAUGAAACAGAGGAAGCAUUUCAUAAUGAUACAUCAGCUCCAACUGAAGAUCAAGAACAAAUCGUAAAAGAGGUUUGGUAUCGUGUGGUGGAUGACCAGUUAAUAGUUGGAGUUCAAGUCAUGGAAACAUUUGACUUCAGGCAACUCAGUGAUACCAGUUUAUCUCUGAUAAUGGGCCAGAAGCGCCAUUCACUUUCUCCAACAAAAUGCCACUGCAAAGUAGUUACAGUGAAGAAAGUGAUGCAGGCAGAGCCUUUGUCAUAUUGGCCCUUGGAACCAUUGCCUAAAAGAAUCAAGUUAGGUUGCCCUGAUGAAGAAGACAAGUGCAAUGGAGGAGAUUCUCAGGUGAAGCGGAACAAGGCAAAAGCCUUUACUGCAGUUACCUGCUUGUCUCCUUUCUUGGCAUGGCAGGAAAUAACUUGUGUGGUGCUGCUUCAUGCAAAGAAGAAGAAGAGUGGUGACAGUGAAAACUGGCAGAAAAGCAAAAGUUUGACUUUGCUAUGUGGAGAUAUUUUACUAAGUCUGGUAGAGAUUUCUACUGGAAAGCAUUCAAUAAAUUUGAAAGAGUAUAAAUAUCCAGGUUUUACACAAGACCUUUUUGCACUCUGUGCAAUAUCACACAAAUCGUCUUUUCAAAUAAUCUCCCCUGACUGCACAUUGCUUCCAGUAAACAAGUGGCUAUUGGAACAAAUGGAGUGUGCACCAAUCAAGGAAUAUCCUGAUUAUAUGAUCUGCUGGAAAUCUGGAAAUCUGAAUGGCACUCUUUUCAAGUGGAAUCUAAAAACACCAUUUGAAGGAUUUUUAACAAUAUUCUGCAGACAUCAACUUGCCUUGCUCCAGUGUCUUCAUGCCUUCACUGGGUUGCUACCACCAACUUGCAAGAUAAAAUCACUGAAGUUAGGAAAUAAGGAUCUACUUGCUGAACAGCUUGGACUGACUUUAGUAAAAGAAACAGAAUUUCUCCAACGUGUUUUCUCUUCUGCUCUAAGACAAACUGAAAAUAACUUUUUUCUGAAAAAUGAAGGAAAUAAGGAAAACAGUAGUGUCUCUGCAGUGCAACACUUCAAAGAAGUGUUUAUAAAGGAACAAGAACAAAGUAUACUGAGUAUGAACAGAACAGUGAGUGGUUCCUUAUACAGAAAGCAUAUUUUGAAUGUAUUUGAUUUGCAGAUGAAUUCUGAUAUAAUGUCAUGGCUCUGCUCUUCAUUCUGAUUUUAUUUUGCAGUAUUUAUUAACUAAAAGUAUAAUACACUUAUAGAACAAUUAAAUGUAGAAUUAAAUAUAUUAUAUUAUAAGAUAAAAAGCAAACCCGCUAAUGCUUUAGUUUCUAUUUUGCAAAAUUUCCAAUGGCUGUGGAGAAAGGACAGUUACUUGGCUAAGCAGACAUACAUUUAUAUAUGUAUAUGUAUAUGUAUGUAUGUGUUUAUAUACACACACACAUACAUACACAUUUCUCACAAUUCUGUAUUUAUAUAUUGGUGCAUUCUGGAACAGCAUAUAAGGAGUCUUUACAGGAGAGGAAGAGGAUAGAGUGAAGUGCUUGACUUGAUGCUGUUUGCAGAUGUAGGAUGGCGUAGUGGCACAUCCUGACAUUUGCUGUAUUCAACAUUGAGUUUUCUAAGAUGCGUUACCCAGAGAAACUCCUGCGGGGGAUAGUUGCAUUAGAGUGAGUGAUAGGCACCCUGUUGCAAUGGAAGACUGAGAACAGCUAUCACUUGUUCACUUAAUUUUGUAUAAACAAAAUUUGUCACAGCAGGAAUGAUCCAUGAUUGCUUUAGACUCAGCAUCCAGGAUCAUUUUUUUCCAGUUAAUAUUCAAUAUGGAGCUGUUAUCUAUGGAGUGCUGUGGGUGGCCACUGACAAUUACAUUCAAGAUACUUUUAAAUAACGUUGAACAAAUCUGAGAACCUGCUGCAGGAGUAAACAAAAUUAUUUUCUUAUUAGUGUGUUCUGUGUAAAUGUAUCUUUUGUAUUCACUAUAAAUAUAACAUAAACAAGCAUAUUUUAUUAC